AUGACGAUGGAGAUGGCGAGUUGUGAAAAGAACCCGAGUUCUGAGGAGACUGCGAAUAUCCUCGAGGGUCAUUGCUGUGGUGGGAUUGAUGUGUAUAGGUGGGGUUGUAUCCUCCUCGGUAACUGCUCCGAGACGUCAUGUCGUCGUCAAUGUCGGACCGCGAUGCGUGAUGCGGUUCGGAAAAUUCUUUGCCUCGGUUUCGAUCACGAUGGGCGACAGGAGAUGCAGGCCUUUGGUCUCGAUUGGCUUGUCGGUAGUCGCCGUCGAUUCGCGACCGGUCGUCAGUGGCAGUGCGGACCGUCAAUGUUGGCUCGGCCACACGUGACUGCGAAUCUCUACGGGUGGACAAUGAAUGCCGACUGCUGGCAGGGAGUGGCGACCGUCUCCGCGAUGGGCUUCGAGCUGUUUCGGGCUUGUGACGGUGACGUGAGUCGCGUCGGGAAUGUCUCCUGUCGGCUUCAGAUCUUGUCGGAGAGCGGGAGAGAGAUCGUCGUCUCGAGUGGUGGCGGGCUUCGUCGUCGACUCGGGAAGGAGAUUUGUGGGAAGAGCGAUGGUGACGCGGUGAGGGGCCUCGGCGAUCGGGAGAAUGGUGUCUUCGUCUCUUGGACUCGGGCUUGGAGCCUUGAUCUCGACCGCGCGGUGGCGGACUGUGCGCCUUCUUGUAGCGUUUCCGACGUGACGAGCUCAGAGACCGGCUGCGGCUGCGGCUUCGACUUCUAUGUCGCUUGGAGGAGGACGGCGAGCCGAGUCCCCCACGGUCACGAUCUCGGUCUCGAUCUCGGCCUCGCUCACGGCUACGGCUACGGCUACCCCGAGUCGUCUUGGCCUUGGCUUCAGAGGAACGCGCCUUGCUCUCACGAUAGCGAGGGAUCAGGUCGUCCGAAUCGGCAAGCGGGCGCGAGGAUGCAGGCCUCUCCCGCCGGGAAUAUUCCCGGCUGCGGUCUCGUGAGCGAUGCCGGUGCGCUGGCGCCGAGUCUCUGGGGCGAUGGUGCUGGCGAGAGGCGUAAUCCGAGCUGUGACGGGCCCCGUGGGGAGGAGAUCCUGGUCGAUCCGAGGAUGUCACUCCUCUGCCAGAUCGAGGCCGUUCUCUGUAAUCAUAGCUUCCUCCGUCGUCUCUCAUGGCAGCAUGUCGAGGGCGACGCGGAGGCGAUGUAG